UGAUCGGAGCAGCACUUCCUGGUUACGGCAAAGCUAAGCUAGCAGCUAUUUCGCUCCUCUCUGGUUGUUGGUGUUCCUCCUCCGCUCAGCGGGGUUCCAUCUCAGUGUCUUCCCCUCGGCUUCAGUCAGUGACAGAAGGACGCUCAGAUCAGACUUUCACCGUCAAUCAUCCGGGAUGUCUUUCCUGGAGAAGCCGUCCCCUGGCAGGCUGCUGCUGGACGACACCGUACCCCUGACGGCGGUGAUCGAAGCCAGCCAGAACCUCCAGUCCCACACGGAAUACAUCAUCCGAGUCCAGAGAGGCGUGUCUUCAGAGAACAGCUGGCAGGUGAUUCGACGUUACAGUGACUUUGAUCUUCUCAACAGCAGCCUGAUGGUGUGUGGCAUCAGUCUCCCUCUUCCUCCAAAAAAACUCAUUGGAAACAUGGACAGGGAGUUCAUAGCAGAGAGACAGAGAGGACUGCAGACCUAUCUGGACUUAAUUACCCAGCAUCCCCUGCUCUCCAGUUCGCUGUUUGUCAAGAAGUUCUUGGACCCCAACAACUACUCUGCCAACUACACAGAGAUCGCCCUGCAGCAGGUCUCCAUGUUCUUCAGGUCGGACCCGAAGUGGGAGGUCCUGGAGCCUCUCAGAGACAUCGGCUGGAGGAUCAGGAAGAAAUAUUUUUUAAUCAAAAACAAGGAGCAGCCCAAGGAGAGGUAUCUGCUGAGCUGGGUGGAUUUGGGUCCUGAUAAGUUCCUGUCAGACAAAGACCUGCAGUCAGCCAUGAAGCUGCUGACCAGCCUCUCCACUCCAUAUCUCUGUCCACUGUUGUUCUCCAGCACCAGUGAGUCUUCAGCUCUGCUCAUCCGGCCGUUCAGUGAGAGAGGCUCUCUGAGAGACCACAUCUGUAAGGCGAAGCCCAGAGAGAGUUACCUCAAGAAGUACUGCAACCCGAAGAAGAGUCAAGGCCUCGAGCUGCAGCACAUAAAACUGUACGGCCGUCAGAUUCUGGAGGGCCUGAAGCUCCUCCAUGAUGGCGGCGUAUUUUUCGGUCACCUGCACGCAUCCAAUGUAAUUGUGGAUGACGGCGUGUGUCAACUGUUGGAUGUAGAGAACGGCAUGCUGGGAGUUCCCUCUGCACUGCGACCCGCCUUCACCCAGUUCAGGAAGAUCAACUCCACGGAGAGCAUUGACGUCUUCUGCUUCGGACAUUUGCUGUACGAGAUGACGUACGGCCGACCGCCAGACAGCAUCCCCAUUGAUCAGUACCCCGAUGUCCCCUACACAACUGUGGUGUCAGUGCUGCAGUCCAUUCUGUCCACAGAAGCCUGUAAGAGCGGGAUGCCAACAGUGUCGCAGCUCGUGCAGACACCGCUAUUUUGUGACGUCCAUCUUCAGCACUCAGAAAAACUCCAGAUCAAGGUUCCCAGCAGGCUAAAAGAGGCUCUGAAGACGGCGAAGGAGAGUCUGGAGAGGAGGCUGCAGGAGGAGCAGAGGGUGCUCCACCAGCACAGGAGGCUGACCCGAGCUCAGUCUCACCACGGCUCAGAGGAGGAGAAGAAGAGGAGGAAGAUUCUGGCGAGGAAGAAAUCCAGACAGUCAGCUUAUGAAAAUGAAGAAGAUCUCUCUGUCAGGAACAACAAUAACUCCGGUUCUGGAGCCAGUUCCCCUCCCACAUGCCCCUCCUCCCCCACUCCCCCAUCCACCACAGGAGCCCAGACUGCUCCUCCCCCUCCUCCGCCUCCUCCUCCUCCCCCUCCCACGCUGAACUCCUCCUCCUGUCCCCCUCCUCCUCUGUCCUCCUCUGACGGAGCGGGAGGAGGUCGUGCCGCCUUGCUGAGCUCCAUCCAGACCUUCAGUAAGGGCAAACUGAAGAAGGCCGAGACCACCGACCGCAGCAAGCCCAUCAUCUGAUCCCGCCCACCGCCGUAACCUCUUCUCAACUGGGAAGCUGUCACCAUGGCAACACAACCGACCCGCUGGUUCUACACUGUGGUCUGGACUGCCUCAUGUUAUCUCUCCUUGAGAUGUGGAAAGGAAUCACUAACAAAAAGAAUCCAAGUACCGUUUUAGUUUUUAAUCACUUUUUCUGCUUUUAAAUUUUUAAAGUCUGUUGCUGUGGUUAGAGAAAGUAGAGGAUGGGUGGGUCUGUUCUUUAGGUGCCUGAAGGUUUGUUUCAUCUGACUGCUUUGUUACUACAAGACAUCCACCGGGCUCAAGAUAAAAAAGAUGGUAAACUCAAAUCUGAGUCUGGUGAGCAUUUCUGGUUGACGCGGUGCUUCAGCAGGCAGCCAGCUGGCUUCUUUUCUGCCCUUCAGGCUCAUAAAAGUGGCAGUUGAACGUUUGGUAUUUGAACUUUUAGAGCCACUGUGGACUCUUCAUCCUGCUGGAUGAUGAGGCUGGAUUUCCUGGGUAAGUGCUCUGACGCCGUCGUGGCACUGUACCGAUCCUGGAGCAGCAGAGAAACUGGCCCAAAGUCCAGCUUUCCUUCUCUGAAAACAUCUCUGAACUCGGCAUGUGGACUCGAGGCUCUGCUGGGUCUGCUUCACUGCAGAAUGUCAGCGAAUCACGAUGGUUAAGUUAUUUCUGUCUGUAAUUAAGUCCCUGAAACCUAAUUUUCUUGGGGAAAAAAAAUGAAAAAGAUUUCUGCAUCUUGAAAUGAGAAAGUUAAGGCACAUUACAGAGGAAACAAAUUAAAAAUUCUUAAACGUUUAGAUUUGUUAUUAAAAAGUUAAAGACUUAAAUUACAGACAAAAAUGACUUGAUAAGAGGGCCGCUUGUUGCAUGGUGUCUGAUGCUUGACAAGCCUUAACCACAGUCAAACUGGGGUGGUGAAAUGUCCUGAUUAGUUGGACACAGAUUGAUUAUGAGCAGCUGUUUCAGACAUUCAAACAUGUAAGAGUGAACAGUUUGCACGAGGUAGGUCGCAAAAUAAAGAGCAGCACAUAAUCUGACAAAGCAGCUAAACACGAUGCUACAAACUACAGUAAGUUUCCAUCCAUUAAUAUUUUGCACAUAAAAAAGCUGAGCACUGCAGAUGUAAAAAAAAAAGAAAGAAAAGAAAAAAAAGAAAAAAGUGAAACCUGAUCCUUUCAACUCGUAAUAUUUUCUUAAUGGUAGUCAGUAGAAAAACUCAUUAAUAUGUAUUCACUUUUGCCAAUUUUUUGGAAAUUUGGUUAAAAUUUGUGUCACAUAUGGAUGGAAACGUCACAAAUGGGAUGUAAACAAUCACAACGUGAAUUUUUUUCUUAUGUGUAUUCAUUAUUUCUUCCUGAUUUUUUUUUUUCCUCGAGUCCCAGUAGGACUGGAUAGUAAGAUUACAAAACUGCUGGAAUUCAGAGAUGCACAAAUUUAGCUUUUUGUUCUUUUCGUUGUUCUUCACGGUGAACACAUCGACAUCAUACUGUAACUUGUGCGUCACAUUAACAAAGAAUGCCAUUGGAUGUGUUUUGUUUGAAGUUAAUUUAGCUGAACCUCAGUUGCUAAACAUGGCAGAAAAUAAGUCUACGGCCUUCCACUGGGGGUAGCGCAGCUGCUCUCUCCGUUGCAGAUAACGGCCUUGUUCUGUGCAGCGUCAAACCUGCACUUUUGGUGUGAAAGCCUGUCAGAUGCAGAUAAACUGGUUAGACUUCCAUACUGUUCUACAUCAGAGCAAUGUGUAUCCACAGCGACGAGCCGCUCGCUUCUGAUUGUAUUCAGGGUCUGAAAUGAAUUUUCUCUCCACCGGCUCCUGUGGCAGGGAGUUAAAGUAACUUUACCCAUAAGUUGCACCAGAAUAAAAACGUAUUAUUCAUCAUGCGAAGCCCGUACUUCUGCUUUGGCAUGUGUGGGCCCAUUAACUUCAAAUCACAUACGCUUGGUGUCACUGCUCAUUAUUUUUGCAUCAUUUUUUAUCACUUCCUUCCUUCAGGCUUUUCCCUUCCGUAAUUUCACUUAAAACCAAUUUGAAUUUGAAACUUGCUACAUAGAGAAAAUCCAUCACAGUCAAUAUUUGGUCACCUUUAGUUUUAGUUUUUUUUCUGAUAACGUGGUUAAUAAGUGGUAGACUUUUUAACCGCUCAGUCAGUUGUGUCAGCUGGUGUUAAGAGCUGCUCACUAAAUGCCAAAGAUCAGUCAAGGAGUCAAACCUGGAAUAAUCACAUAGAAUAAUCACAGUUCAUGGUUCAUGCUUCUCCAAGGAAUGACUUUCAGACCGUCUCUGCUCACAGGAGCAACAUCAAGUUUCACAUUUUCACAGAAAUUUCUUUAAGUUGUUGGCAGCCUGGGUAGAAGGACACCAGUCAUGUGCUGAUCAUCAGAGAAGUGACAUGUUUGCCCUUUGAAUCUGACUUGCAGACGUACAGGUUACAAGUGCUGCUAACUUUAACGUGGUUACCGUCCACAGAGCUUCGUUUAGCUUCAUUUGGUGGCCGUUGAGGGUUCAUUUCAGACCCCUAUUGUGUUGAUUCCUCUUUUUUUAAGUGUUUUGCUUUGUUUUAACUCUGUUGUUUUUUAAUGUUUGUUGCUAUGUUUCUUUUACUUUAUUGUGCCAUAUGGAUCUUUGUGCCUAUGGGAAUCUGAAUGUUUUUUGUUAUAAUAUUGUAUUUGACAAUAUCUGUAACUGCAACAUCGGUAGGCAUGAAGCUCUGCCUGGUGAAGAUAUUAACGCUGUAGCACACAAUAUGAUAGUAUGUCGUUACUGGUGUUGGAGUUGGGACAAAUCAACGUCUCUUGAGAAAGCAACUAAAUUUCCAUUAUUCAGUUAUUCAUUUCUCUGUAUAUGUUGGAGCUUUUGUCACAUGAUCUGCAUAUGCAAAUUUCCAUUUUUCUGAGCUCCUCACUUCUCAUCUGUGGUGGAAAAUACUUAGUGACAAGUGGGCAACUCUGCCUGCUGAAGAAGAUGGUGUGAUAUAAUUCAAAGUUCCAUAACGGCAACUAAAUUGGCUUUUCUAAUGUGUGUUUUCUCAGUUAGCUUGGAAUAAAGACCAGCGAACAGCUAGCCUAGCUCAGCCUGAACACACAGCACUUUUGUAUGGAUUAAAUAGAUGAGAAAUAACUUGAUAAUCAAUGAUUAAGAGGUGCUCAUAGGCAGACAGAGGCAGGCUAGCUGUUUCCCCAUUUGUGUUUGUGUUGAGCUAAGUGACUGUAGCUUUAUAUUUAAUGGACAGAUGUGAGAGUAAUAUCAAUCAUCUUGUCAAACCGAAAUGCUGAAUUAUUUCUUUAAAAAUGUGAGCUACCAUGGAGUAUCAGGGGAGAAGCACAUCAUAAGGCCACCGGGAACUGUUUUAGUCAUGAAUUUUGAACAGUGACAUCCCACUCACCAGUGAUUUCUACCUGACAUACUGUGUGCUAAAGUGUUAGUGCAUGUGGCAGACAGAGCUGCUUUUCAUUGGAGCAGAUUUUGUUAUGAAUCUUGAGCUCCGGUGAAUCCUACCACCUGAUGACUCUGAUCACAGCAGUCCAAGUUUUAGCGCUCAGAGCGUGUGUUUUAAAUGACUGCUCUAUGUUGAAAUUGUUUUUAUUGUUCAGUGCAAUCCGGUCCAUGUCUUGAAUGGUCAUCAUGUAUAAUUCAGAAUGUUUUUUGUCUGCAGCACUUUACCCUUGAGGAGUGAAAAUCCAGAGUUGUGUUUGUGUUUGUGAAAACAAUUUGCAGAAUGAGUUCAAAGUCCCAGAGGCAGCGCUGGAUUAUAAGUAAACUUGUAUGAAAAAACACUUCAGUCUCCGGGUCAUUUACAGUUACUACACACUAGAUGCACCAGGUGUUUUGUCCCAUUGUCACCUUUAGGUCUCCUCUACAUUUAAUGCAGCUGCAAAUACCCCCUUUGUCAAUAAUGAAAUAAAAAAUCUAGCAAGCCUGUUGUGAUGAAAUGAUUCCUGUAUCAGCUGAAUAAAUAUUUGAUUAAAAAAUGGUUUUAUAAAAUUGAUAGUAAAUAGUGUUUAUUGCAAAUGUGUGUGGUGAAUUGUGUUUUUGACAUGCACCUUAGAAUUAUGGAAGAUUUAAAAUGCAUAAAAAUACAAUUCAAACAAAUACAGCAAAACACUUAACACAAUGUAUUGUCUGUUUCCUUUUUAUUCAUGUAAAAUAAAAUACAUCUCCUGAGCACUUCCUAGUGAAAA